GGGGCGGGUGCGGGGCCCGAGAUCCGAGGCUGGCGUCCCGGCGACGCUCGAACCCCGGCAGCUUGGGGAUGGCGCAGAGAGCGCGGAGGGGAACGGAGAGUUUGGGGGCCCCUGAUGGAAGGGCUGAGGGAGGCUCCGGCGCGGCCCCCAUCGCACGCGCGUGUGGCGAGAGCGUGGGACUGUGUGGUUGUGCGCUGCCGAGCGUCUGACCAGCGGCAGUGUGGGUGGCGUGUCCGUCCCCGGGCGUGCCUUGGCGGGUGUGCGGGUGUGUGGCGGCGGCCGCGUGGGCAUUGCCCACUGUGCUGGUUUGCGCGCGCGACGGGCUCGAUUCCUCCGCUGCGCAUGGGAAUGUGGGUGUCCCGGCUGCGCGUGAUGGGUUCGCGUCGCAGGAUUCAGCGCCCAGCUUGGGACUCCUGUUUUCCCGGUUCGGGUGGUCGCGGGAGCCCGGCGCGACCCCCAGCCGUGCGCCCCGCCCCGGCGCCAUGCAUUGCGAGGUGGCUGAGGCACACUCGGACAAGAGGCCUAAGGAGGCCCCUGGUGCGCCCGGCCCCGGCCCCGCCAGCCUCGGCGCGCACAUGGCCUUCAGGGUCACCGUGAGUGGUGGCGGCUGCGGAGACAGGGGCCCGCGGGACCUGCUAGCCCGGCCGCCUGCGCCGCCACCGCGCGCCCACGACCUCCUCCGGCCCCGGAGCCCCCGAGACUACGGUCCAUCCAAGGCCGCCGCCGGGAAGGUGAAUGGGAGCUACGGCCACUGCACCCCGGGCUCAGAGAAGAGCCUGCUGGACCUGGACCUUGCUGAGGGCCCUGGCCCCACCUGCUGCCAGGGCCUGUUUCUCCCUGCAGGAAGCCCACCGCCCCGGGCUCACCCCCAAGCUUGUGAGAGGCUGCUGCAUUUCCCCCACCCUAACAGGUCAGCCAGACCCCAGGCCACCUAUGUGAACGGCAGCCUCCCAACCACACAACACAUCAAACAGGAGUCCCUGCCCGACUACCAAGCCAUGGCAGAGGCCCGCACAUCCCUGUCUGCCCACUGUCGGGGCCCGCCGGCCACUGGCCUGCACCCAGACCUGGACCUCCCGGGCCGAAGCCUCGCCACCCCUGCGCCUUCCUGCUACCUUCUGGGCAGCGAACCCAGCUCUGGCCUGGGCCUCCAGCCUGAGGCCCACCUCCCCGAGGGCAGCCUGAAGCGCUGCUGCCUCUUGGGCCUACCCCCCACCUCCCCAGCCUCCUCCUCACCCUGUGCCUCCUCCGACGUCACCUCCAUCAUCCGCUCCUCCCAGACGUCUCUGGUCACCUGUGUAAAUGGACUCCGGAGCCCCCCUCUGGCGGGAGAUCUGGGGGGCCCUUCCAAGCGGGCCCGGCCUGGCCCUGCAUCGACCGACAGCCAUGAGGGCAACUUGCAACUUGAAGCCUGCCGGAAGGCGAGCUUCCUGAAGCAGGAACCGGCAGAUGAGUUUUCAGAGGUCUUUGGGCCUCACCAGCAGGGCCUGCCGCCCCCCUAUCCCCUGUCUCAGUUGCCGCCUGGCCCGAGCCUUGGAGGCCUGGAGCUGGGCCUGGCGGGCAGGGUGGUGACUGGGCGGCAGGCGUGCCGCUGGGUGGACUGCUGUGCAGCUUAUGAGCAGCAGGAGGAGCUGGUGCGGCACAUCGAGAAGAGCCACAUCGACCAGCGCAAGGGCGAGGACUUCACCUGCUUCUGGGCUGGCUGCGUGCGCCGCUACAAGCCCUUCAACGCCCGCUACAAGCUGCUCAUCCACAUGCGGGUGCACUCGGGCGAGAAGCCCAACAAGUGCAUGUUUGAAGGCUGCAGCAAGGCCUUCUCACGGCUGGAGAACCUCAAGAUCCACCUGAGGAGCCACACGGGCGAGAAGCCGUACCUGUGCCAGCACCCGGGUUGCCAGAAGGCCUUCAGCAACUCCAGCGACCGCGCCAAGCACCAGCGCACCCACCUAGACACGAAGCCGUACGCCUGUCAGAUCCCUGGCUGCUCCAAGCGCUACACAGACCCCAGCUCCCUCCGCAAGCACGUCAAGGCCCAUUCAGCCAAAGAGCAGCAGGUGCGUAAGAAGCUGCACGCGGGCCCUGACACCGAGGCCGACGUCCUGACCGAGUGUCUGGCCCUGCAGCAGCUCCAUGCGUCCACACAGCUGGCUGCCAGCGACGGCAAGGGUGGCUGUGGCCUGGGCCAGGAGCUUCUCCCAGGUGUGUAUCCUGGCUCCAUCACCCCCCAUAACGGACUCGCAUCGGGCCUCCUGCCCCCAGCGCACGAUGUACCUUCCAGGCACCACCCGCUGGAUGCCACCACCAGUUCCCACCACCAUCUGUCCCCUCUGCCCAUGGCUGAGAGCACCCGGGAUGGGUUGGGGCCCGGCCUCCUCUCACCAAUAGUCAGCCCCCUGAAGGGGCUCGGGCCACCGCCGCUGCCCCCAUCCUCUCAGAGCCAUUCUCCGGGAGGCCAGCCCUUCCCCACACUCCCCAGCAAGCCGUCCUACCCACCCUUCCAGAGCCCUCCACCCCCGCCUCUGCCCAGCCCACAAGGUUACCAGGGCAGUUUCCACUCCAUCCAGAGUUGCUUCCCCUACGGUGACUGCUACCGGAUGGCCGAACCAGCAGCCGGUGGGGACGGACUGGUCGAGGAGACCCAUGGUUUCAACCCCCUGCGGCCCAAUGGCUACCACAGCCUCAGCACGCCCUUGCCUGCCACAGGUGAGCCCUGCCUGCGUGGCUCCCAGUCCUGGGCACCUGCCGAGGCUCAACCCGGUGCUGAGUGCUGCAUACAUGCUGUCCUGCAGCCUUUGGAUGCUUAUGUGGUGGGGCCAUCCCCACUUUACAGAGGGGGAAGGAGAGGCUCAGAGAGGUCCCAGGACCCCGCAGAACUGUCUAUACCUGCCUGACUGGAAAGUGCAUGCUCCUUCCACAGCUUUGCGAGCCUUAUGUGUGUCUGAAUGCUGACAGGUUUCUGAAGAAUCGGACUGGGAGCUCAUGGUUUACUUACUGCUUCACUUUAUUUAUUGAGCACCUACUGUGUGCCAGGCAUAGCUGCAGACCCUGGGAAUAUAGCAGGGAAUGAACAAAUCCUGCUCUCCCUUUGGCAGCAGAGGAGACUAGGCGGGGACAGAACCUGGAGGUCGUGCUGUUCCUUCCCCACAUUGGUACCUGGUGCUGCCCUGCAGGGCCCUGGGCCUCCCCAGCUCUGCCCCAGGCUUGGCUAGAGAAGCCCAGGGAGAGGGGAGGGUGCCCGCAGCCCAGGUGAAACCAGGCUCUGAUCAGCAGGGCAGGCCUAGUCAGAGCAGGGGCAUCAGAAGGGAGGGGCUAGACCCUCCCUGAAUUCCUCCAGCUGAGACCCACCCUCAAAACAGCCUCGGGGCCCAGUUCUUUUUUUUUUUUUUUUUUUUUUUUUACCUUUUAAAAAGUCAGUUUAUUGAAGUUUAAUUUCCAUACAGUAAAAUUUACCUUUUUAUAUGUAGUUGGAUAAAUUUUGGCAAACACAUGUAGUCAUGUAAAGACCUCUACAAUAACAAGAUAUACAUUUCCAGCAUCCCCCCAA